CACCUGUCUCACUAAACCCUUGCCGUCUUCUCUCUAAAACCCUAAUUCUCACUCACUUUUUAAGGGUUCCUUCUCAUCAUCAUCUAAAGCCCCUCCAGAUCUGAAAAUGAUCAGCACAGUCCUCCGCCGAUCUGUCCUUACUACCUCAAGGCGGAGUCAAACUCUCUCCGCCUCUCUCACCUCCAUCAACGCCGCCUUAUUCCACCACCUUGCUCCAGCGUCCGAUCUAGCCGCAAAUGUCCAACCUAUCGCCCCUCUCCCCCAGACUUCAAACCCGUUUGGUAUCAAAGCGAGAGACUUUCAUUUCCAAUCCGUACCGUCCGAGUUCAGAGCGUCCGUGGCUUCUUCCGCUGGAUUCGCCGCUCAAGAUUACGCCGAGGAGAGUAGCGACGGAGGAGACUCAGAGAGUGUUGCUAGCGGCAGUGAUGGGUUGGCGAUAUCUGAGCUCGGGAUCUCUCCGGAGAUCGUCAAAGCUUUGAGUGGUAGAGGAAUCGACAAACUCUUCCCUAUUCAGAAAGCUGUGCUUGAGCCAGCGAUGCAAGGUCGGGACAUGAUCGGUCGCGCUAGGACAGGAACAGGAAAGACUCUUGCUUUCGGGAUUCCCGUCAUCGACAAAAUCAUCAAAUUCAACGCUAAGCACGGGCGUGGGAAGAACCCUCUUUGUUUGGUUCUGGCUCCGACGAGAGAGCUAGCUCGUCAGGUCGAGAAGGAGUUCAGGGAAUCUGCUCCGAGCUUGGAUACUAUCUGUCUUUACGGAGGUACACCCAUCGGACAGCAGAUGAGGGAGCUCAACUACGGUGUCGAUGUAGCCGUUGGGACUCCGGGUCGUAUCAUUGACCUGAUGAAAAGGGGAGCUUUGAAUCUGUCAGAGGUUCAGUUUAUUGUUCUCGACGAAGCUGAUCAGAUGCUUCAGGUUGGAUUCGCGGAGGAUGUGGAAGUCAUUUUGCAGAAAUUGCCUGAGAAACGUCAGAGCAUGAUGUUUUCCGCUACCAUGCCCAGUUGGAUCAGAUCUCUUACCAAAAAGUACCUCAAUAAUCCUUUGACCAUUGAUCUUGUUGGAGAUUCUGAUCAGAAACUUGCAGAUGGGAUUACAAUGUACUCUAUCUCAGCUGAUUCUUAUGGAAAAGCAUCCAUUAUUGGUCCUCUUGUUGAGGCGCAUGGUAAAGGAGGAAAAUGCAUUGUUUUUACACAGACGAAACGUGAUGCUGAUCGCCUUUCAUAUGGAUUGGCUAAAAGCUUCAAAUGUGAAGCUUUACACGGUGACAUUUCCCAAAGCCAGAGAGAGAGAACACUUGCUGGUUUCAGGGAUGGGAACUUCAACAUCCUUGUUGCAACCGAUGUCGCUGCUCGUGGACUCGAUGUACCUAACGUCGAUUUGGUAAUUCAUUAUGAGCUUCCUAAUAACACGGAGACGUUUGUUCACCGAACGGGGAGAACGGGCCGUGCUGGAAAGAAAGGAAAUGCGAUUCUCAUCCACGGUCCGGAGCAAUCAAGGGCUGUUAAAAUGAUUGAGAGAGAAGUGGGAAGCAAAUUCACUGAGCUUCCUAGCAUUCCUGUGGAACGUGGAAGCGGAAGCAUGUUUGAAGGAAUAGGUGGUGGUCGAUCAGGUGGAUCCUAUGGAGGAGGCAUGAGGGAUCGCAGUUCAAGCUAUGGUGGUCGUUCAGGUGGUUACGGUGGUGGUGGUGGUGGUAGUGGUAGAUAUGGUGGUGAUCGUUCAGAAAGCCGUUAUUCCGGCGGUUCAGACCGUUCUUCCGGUUACGGCGGGGGCUUUGGUUCAGGAGGUUCAAACAACCGUUCAUCAGGAGGUUUUGGGGGAUUUGGUUCAGACCGUUCUUCACAGUCAGGUGGAAGUGGAAGGAGCAGCUUUGGUGGGUUUGGAUUAAAGGAUCCUAACAGAUCUUCUUACUGAGACGUGUUGCGUGAGUCAUUGAUCCGACCAGGCAAUAAUGGAGGGCUUGGUGUCUCGAGUAGAGUUUAGUUGCAAUGAGUCAAGAGAGCUAUAUAUAAAUCUGUAGCUCCUCCCUGUCUCAUACACAAAACAUAUUUUAUUUUGAAGUUUUUGUCAUGAUUCAUAUUCUCUAAUUUUUAUUUUCUACUUGGGUAGUAGAAUUAUUGUUUCUUUCUAUUUGUAUUUGGCAACUUCCAUAAACAUAAACGAUUUUCUCACGUC